GACAGUAUUUAAUUUGAUUUGAUCAAUUUCUUUAUGGUUCCCUUUUUCAAGCCUCUCAUUAGUUUAGGAGAAAGAAAAAAAAAAACACUUUUUUCUUUCUUUCUUUCUUCUUCCGAUUCCCAAUCCUAAUUCCGUGCCCUAGAUUUUCUCCACCGCUUUUUCAAUCAAUUUGAUCCUCUAAUCCUCUAGGGUUCUUCCAUGGAUUCCGAAGAUGAUAUGCAUGAUGCCAACGAUAUUGAGUCUCUCGAUGACGAUUUCUACAGUGGUGAAACCGAAGAUGUUCCUAUGGAUUACUACAGCGAUGAUUCUGAUAAUGAUUACUAUGAUGAUGGUGGUGAUGAUUCUGACCCUGCUGAGUCUCGUCGAACAGAGCAAAGUUUUACCAUAUUGAAAGAAUCAGAUAUUCGACAACGGCAGGAAGAUGAUAUCAGUAGAUUAGCAGCAGUUCUUUCCUUACCGCAGGUUGCUGCAAGCAUCCUACUUCGUCAUUAUCAUUGGAGCGUCAGUAAGGUUAAUGAUGAAUGGUUUGCUGACGAAGGUGAAGUUCGAAGAACAGUUGGAUUGUUGGAGAAGCCAGUUUACGUGAAUCUUGAUGCCGAAGAGCUUACUUGCGGCAUCUGUUUUGAAGAUUAUCCUCUUUCUAAGAUUCUAACGGCUUCUUGCGGUCAUCCAUUCUGUUUUUCAUGCUGGGGAGGAUAUAUUACGACUUCAAUUAACGAUGGUCCGGGAUGCUUGAUGCUGAGAUGUCCUGAUCCUGCUUGUGGUGCUGCUGUUGAUCAAGAUAUGAUUAAUCUUUUAGCAUCUGAUGAAGAUAAAGAGAAGUAUGAUCGUUACCUUCUUAGAUCUUACAUUGAAGACAAUAAGAAGACCAAGUGGUGUCCUGCUCCUGGUUGUGAGCAUGCUGUUAAUUUUGAUGCUGGAACUGAAAAUUAUGAUGUAUCUUGCCUCUGUUCAUAUAGCUUUUGUUGGAAUUGCACUGAAGAGGCUCACCGUCCAGUGGAUUGUGACACCGUGUCAAAGUGGAUUCUAAAAAACAGUGCAGAAUCCGAAAACAUGAACUGGAUACUUGCUAACUCAAAGCCAUGUCCCAAGUGCAAGAGACCGAUCGAAAAAAACCAAGGGUGCAUGCAUAUGACAUGUACUCCACCUUGUAAAUUUGAAUUUUGCUGGCUAUGCCUUGGGGCAUGGACAGAACAUGGUGAAAGGACCGGGGGUUUCUAUGCUUGCAAUCGUUAUGAAGCAGCUAAACAAGAGGGGGUGUAUGAUGAAACUGAAAAAAGAAGAGAAAUGGCAAAGAAUUCAUUGGAGAGGUACACACAUUAUUACGAGCGAUGGGCUAGCAACCAAUCUUCAAGGCAAAAAGCUCUUGCUGAUCUACAACAGAUGCAAACUGUUCAUCUUGGGAAGCUUAGUGACAUACAGUGCCAACCUGAGACGCAGCUUAAGUUCAUAACUGAUGCCUGGUUACAGAUAGUUGAGUGCAGGCGGGUAUUGAAGUGGACAUAUGCAUAUGGAUACUAUUUACCCGAUAAUGAACAUGCUAAAAAGCAGUUCUUUGAGUACUUACAAGGUGAGGCAGAAUCAGGUUUGGAGAGACUUCAUCAAUGUGCUGAAAAGGAACUCCAAGCAUUCCUCAGUAGUGAUGAGGGCCCAUCUAAAGACUUCAAUGAUUUUCGUACAAAACUAACUGGAUUGACUGCUGUGACUAGAAACUACUUUGAGAAUUUGGUUAGGGCAUUAGAGAAUGGUUUAUGUGACGUGGAUAGCAAUGGAGCUACUUCCAGCAAAGCAACAAGUUCAAAAACUGCUGCAUGGAGCGGUAAGGGAAAAGGCGGAAAAGGAAAGGGGACACCUAAAGCUUUGUCCAGCAGAAUAACUGAUGAUCUUUGGGCUUGUGAGCAAUGUACCUAUGCAAAUGCCAGAUCGGCCACCACAUGCCAUAUGUGCAAUCGACAGCGUCGAUGAAAAUCAAUUAGAAACAUGUUUUCUGCUUAAAGGGGCCAGCAACACACCAAAAGCUGAAAUGGGGUCGGUAAUCAUAAUUAUGUGUUGGUUUCUUUGUAAGGCUAUUUCUUAUAAACGGGAUGAAGGGGGCAAGUCACGCAAGAAAUGUUAUCCUCCUUGCACUCCUAUCGAGUACAAUCCUAAUUUGAUGUAUAUAUUAUUUUAUUUUAUCUUUAAAUUUACAUGUUGGUUUUUUGCUACAGGCUUCUGUAACCGAACAUCUUAUAUAGAAAAUGCUGUAGAUGAACACAAAUAUGCUUGUUUGUGUCUUGAUUUCUUCUAGUAAAUUUAUCUGCAGUUUCUCUAAGUUAACCUCGAAUAAAUUGUGUAUAAGCUCGGGGUUAGCUGCUAUUUAAGAAACUAUGACGAAUAAUGAACUAUAUAACAUGAAAUUCCAUUACCAUU